CAGAUCGUCAGAUUCAGCAAGCCCUAGCACCUUUCCAUAUCUACAACCUCUGAACAGCUAGACUUUUUGGUGUGUUCGGCUGCUUGAUAUUCUCAGGAAUUCCCACUGACAGGACCUUCUAUCAGUCUCCAAAAAAAAAAAAAUCAUGUCUUCCACAGCUCUCCCCAAGCGCGUUGCGCUUCAUCGCAACCCUACCACGGAUUCCUCCGUGCCCAGCUCUGUCACGGCUUCCCCUUUCGAUAGCCCCCGUCAUUCGCCUUCCUCGACCUCUCUCUCCUCCAUGGCUUCGGAUGCGGGCAAGGAGAGCCAGGACCAGGGCAAGAUGCUCGACACCUACGGAAACGAGUUCAAGAUCCCCGAUUUCACCAUCAAGCAGAUUCGUGACGCUAUUCCCGCUCACUGCUACGAGCGUUCGGCUGUCACCAGUCUGUACUAUGUCUUCCGGGACAUCUCCAUUCUGGCCGCCGUCUUCUACGUCUACUACAACUACGUGACCCCUGAGAACAUCCCCUCCAUGCCGGCCCGUGUUGCCCUGUGGACUCUCUACACCGUCGUCCAGGGUUUGGUCGCUACCGGUGUCUGGGUUCUGGCUCACGAGUGUGGCCACCAGGCCUUCUCUCCCUCCAAGACUUUGAACGACACCGUCGGUUGGAUCUGCCACUCUGCUUUGUUGGUCCCCUACUUCUCCUGGAAGAUCUCCCACGGAAAGCACCACAAGGCUACCGGCAACAUUGCUCGUGACAUGGUCUUCGUUCCCAAGACCAGAGACCAGUUUGCUACUCGCGUCGGCAAGGCUGUUCACGAGCUCGGCGAGCUCAUGGAGGAAACCCCGAUUCUGACCGCUCUCAACCUGGUUCUCCAGCAGUUGUUUGGAUGGCCCAUGUACCUUCUCACCAACGUUACCGGCCACAACAACCACGAGCGCCAGCCCGAGGGUCGUGGUAAGGGCAAGUCUAACGGCUACUUCGGCGGUGUCAACCACUUCAACCCCGGUAGCCCUCUCUACGAGGCCAAGGACGCCAAGUUGAUCGCCCUGAGUGACCUCGGCCUCUUCAUCACUGGCAGCACUCUCUACUACCUUGGAACCAACUUUGGCUGGAUGAACCUGCUCGUAUGGUACGGAAUUCCCUACCUCUGGGUGAACCACUGGCUCGUCGCCAUCACCUACCUGCAGCACACCGACCCCACUCUUGCUCACUACCAGCCCGAAGCCUGGAACUUUGCCCGCGGAGCUGCUUGCACCAUUGACCGUGACUUCGGAUUUGUUGGACGUAACAUCCUGCACGGUAUCAUCGAGACUCACGUUCUUCACCACUACGUCAGCACUAUUCCUUUCUACAACGCCGACGAGGCUAGCGAGGCCAUCAAGAAGGUGAUGGGCGAGCACUACAAGACUGACGCCCAGACCGGCUGGACUGGAUUCUUCAAGGCCCUCUGGAACAGCUCUCGCGUCUGCCACUGGGUCGAGCCCACCGAGGGCGCCACGGGCGAGCACGCCAACGUGCUUUUCUACCGCAACACCAACGGCAUUGGUGUUCCUCCCGCCAAGAUGGCUGCUAAAUAGAAAGCUGUCGAUAACGCAUAGAGAUAAUAGAGAUUUUCCGCGUUCCUCCGUGGUGCUCUCGCAGGAUCGAAAUGGCCACGAUAUGGCACUCAUGUCAGAUGCGAUGGAGCAUUAUUGAGUGGAUGGAUUGGAAAAUCAAAGGCGUAUGGACACGGCAAAAUUCUCGAUGUAACCAUUUUCUUAUUUAUAAUUGUGAUUAAUUUGGGAGUCCUGUUUCGGUGUAUGAUUGGCUCUAGAAGAUCGUUUGAUCAUCCGCCCUUUUUUGAUUUCGCAGCAUAUAUUCGUCAUGUUUCCAGCGAAAGAUUUCCUGUCUUUGGUCUGCGACAAGAGUUGUUUUACUGGUUCUGUCUCCCCAGUUCAGCCACCAUAGACCUCGACUUGGCUAGUUUAUC